AUGGACGUUCAACUGCUGGUAUACGACCUCUCCCGCGGAUUGGCCCGGCAAAUGUCCAUGGGCUUAUUAGGCUUCCAACUCGAUGCCAUAUACCACACCUCAAUUCAGCUCAAUGGCCGCGAGUACGUUUAUGAUGGCGGCAUCAUUGCCAUCACACCGGGGUCAUCUCACCUAGGUCAGCCAUUGGAGAAGAUUCACCUGGGGACCACCAAUCUGCCGUUGGACAUAAUCGAGGAGUACCUGGAUUCGUUGCGGCCUAUAUUCACAUUAGAGGCAUAUGAUCUCUUUCGUCACAAUUGCAACAAUUUCAGCGACUCCUUUGCCAACUUUCUUGUCGGCAAAGGCAUUCCCAGUCAUAUUGUCAGCAUGCCACAGGCCGUAUUAGAUUCACCCAUGGGCCGCAUGUUACUACCUCAAUUGACUCAAGGAAUAAAUGCAGGCCGAUCAAACGGAUCUAUCCUCGGCCUGGAGCAAAGUGCUCAGGUUUCCAGCAACGGAUCAAGGCCGCACGGAGUCAAGGUUGUUGCUACAUUAGACGAGCUCACGCGCCUGCUGGACGGCGCAAGAGACUCAUGCGCCAUAGUGUUUUUCACCUCUGCUACUUGUCCGCCAUGCAAGAUGAUGUAUCCGCUGUAUGACCGGCUGGCGGAAGAGUUUGGCAACCAAGUCACGUUUAUCAAGGCAGACGUCUCUCAACCCCAAUCCAUGAGUAUUUCGCACAAUUUCUCCGUCAGAGCAACACCAACCUUUGUUACCAUGCUCAAAGGCAAGGAGGAAACUAGAUGGAGCGGAGCUAGCCAAACAACUCUGCGAAAUAACAUCCAACUUCUUGUACACGCGGCACAUCCAUCUCAUCCGCACGAGAAUCUACGACUACCCAGCUUCUCCGAUCCGAAUUCCCGGCCUGUUCUCUAUUCGAAAGUGCCCCCAAUGGCGAAGUUGGAAGCGAAGAUGGGCGACGUUGCCAAAAGACCGCAGAUUCAGAAGCUCAAAUCUUUCUUGGAAGCGCGAAGUACCUUAGGUCCCCAAGAUGCCGUUCUUCCUGAACUUGAGGAGCUGUCAGAUUGCAUCCGGGACUCGGUUUCGCAACUUCCUCCCGAGGUCCUGUUCGCAGUUAUUGACCUCUUCCGAUGCGCGCUGUCAGACCCUCGUGUGAGUGCCUACUCCUCCGAAGAAGCAGAACACAAAACCAUCAAGACCGUCUUGAAUUCCGUCAACAGUUUAGGCUCUUGUCCAUACGCCCUGCGCCUAGUAACAAUCCAGAUGGCAUGCAACAUGUUUUCCACGCCGCUAUUUGCGCACGAAGUUCUACAGCAUGCCAGCCUACGUUCUGCGCUCGUACAACUAGUAACCACUAGUUUCCUAGAUGAUGCCCACAACAAUAUACGAGUGGCGUCGGCAUCACUCCUCUUCAACAUUGCCCUGGCUGGCCGUGGAGAAAGAGACAGAGAUUCUAGCGCUGGUCUCCCCGAAGAGGAUCAAGUAGAGUUGGCUGCUGCGCUGCUCGAGGCUAUCGCGCAGGAGGACAAGUCGGUAGAAGCUCUGCAAGGCAUGCUCUCUGCUCUGGGCCAUCUGGUGUUCGGCAUCAGUUUAGGCGGUGAGCUGGCUGAUCUUUUGAGAGCAUUAGACGCGCAAGGAACCAUAUUGGCCAAGACGAAGCUCUUCCCUAACGAGCAGCUUAUACAAGAAGUUGGAGAGGAGCUGCUGGGUAAAGGGCUACGGAAACCAUAA